AUGUCUGGCACGGUCUGUGAUGGGUCACGUGAGUGUCUGUCACGGUCUGUGGGGGGAGGGGGGGGGGCAAAAUUUCUAGCCUCCACCCCUCCCCCC